AUAGCCAAAUACAACUGCAUUGCAUAACGUUACAGACAAGGCGUCACUCGUCACUCACACCCUCCACCCUUCUUCUCUACUGUUAUCGUUCUUCUUUGAAUUUCCCAAGGAGUCUAACCGAAGAAAGUUUUCAUUUUGCGUGACUUCUCUUGUUUUCUCCACCUUUUUCUCUCGUUCUUCUUCACUGUCAUCAUCAUCAUCAUCCUUCUGUGCUUCACUGAGAAAAGAAAAAACUCAAACUGGGUUUUCUUUUUCUACGUCUGGGCUUGUAAAUAUUUUUGUUUUACCUCCGUUUGAGUUCUGAAAGCUAGGGGGUUAGUGAGAGUACUGGAGAAUGGCCGGAGGAGGAGCUGCGCCACCGCCGAAGCAGGACGAGCUCUUGCCACACCCAGUGAAAGAACAGCUGCCCAAUGUUUCUUACUGCAUAACAAGUCCUCCUCCAUGGCCGGAGGCGAUUCUACUGGGUUUCCAGCAUUAUCUGGUCAUGCUGGGCACAACUGUUCUGAUACCCUCUUCUUUAGUUCCUCAAAUGGGAGGAGGCAAUGAAGAGAAAGCAAAAGUGAUUCAGACUCUACAGUUCGUGGCUGGAAUAAACACCUUGUUCCAGACAUUUUUUGGGACUCGUCUACCUGCGAUUAUUGGAGGAUCCUACACCUUUGUCCCUGCUACGAUUUCAAUUAUUUUAGCAGGUCGCUACAGUGACACUGUGGAUCCUAGCGAGAAAUUUGAGAAGAUAAUGAGAGCAACACAGGGUACUCUCAUUGUGGCUUCGACCGUCCAAAUUGUCCUUGGCUUCAGUGGUCUUUGGCGCAAUAUAGUGAGGUUCUUAAGUCCACUCUCUGCUGUUCCCUUGGUUGCUCUAUCAGGCUUUGGCUUGUAUGAACUCGGGUUUCCUGUGCUUGCGAAAUGCGUGGAGAUUGGGUUGCCAGAAAUCGUCAUGCUUUUAAUAUUUUCACAGUACAUUCCUCAUAUGAUAAAAGGAGACAGACCUAUAUUUGAUCGCUUCGCGGUUAUAUUCUCAGUUGCAAUUGUGUGGGUUUAUGCUCAUCUCCUCACUGUGGGUGGAGCCUAUAAAAAUGCAGCACCUAAAACUCAACUGACUUGCAGAACUGAUCGUGCUGGAAUUAUUAGUGGUUCCCCUUGGAUAAGAGUCCCAUAUCCUUUUCAAUGGGGAGCUCCUACAUUUGAUGCUGGAGAAACUUUUGCUAUGAUGGCUACUGCAUUCGUUGCUUUAGUGGAGUCGACUGGUGCUUUUAUUGCUGUGUCGAGAUAUGCAAGUGCAACUCCCAUACCACCUUCAGUUCUUAGCCGUGGUGUUGGUUGGCAGGGAGUGGGAAUUUUGUUGUCUGGGAUCUUUGGGACUGGGAAUGGAUCAUCAGUUUCUGUUGAGAAUGCUGGACUUUUGGCUCUGACACGUGUUGGUAGCCGAAGGGUGGCUCAAAUAGCAGCUGGAUUCAUGAUCUUCUUUUCAAUACUCGGAAAAUUUGGAGCUGUCUUUGCUUCAAUCCCAGCACCAAUUGUUGCAGCAUUGUACUGCCUUUUCUUUGCCUAUGUGGGUUCUGCAGGCCUCAGUUUCCUUCAGUUUUGCAACCUGAACAGCUUCAGAACCAAAUUCAUCUUAGGUUUUUCUGUUUACAUGGGCUUGUCCGUUCCUCAGUACUUCAAUGAGUAUACAGCAUUCAAAGGCUAUGGCCCUGUCCACACCCAUGCUAGAUGGUUCAAUGACAUGAUCAACGUUCCGUUCUCAUCAGAAGCAUUUGUGGCUGGUAUGCUGGCACUGUUCUUGGACGUGACACUGCACAAGAAGGACAAUCAGACCCGGAAAGACAGGGGGAUGCACUGGUGGGACAGAUUCAGAUCAUACAAGACAGAUACGAGGAGUGAGGAAUUCUACUCUCUUCCUUUCAAUCUCAACAAGUUUUUCCCAUCUGUUUGAUUCUCAAACAAAGAUUAGUUAUUAUGUAAGCCUGCUUCAAUCUCUAUCUAAUUGCGGGCCCUGCUGCAUCUGAUUCAUAUCUCAGAAAAUCCUUAAUCUUCUCAUCAGAUGUGGCAGAAUAUGCUUAUCUUCGUUUUUGCCUCUCUAUUGAUCUCCUAUGACACUGCUUUAUAAAAUCCAGUUGCAAGUUUAAAUCA